AUGCCGCCGAAAUCCGCGCAGGAUGCACAAGGGCUCAGUCCGUUGGAAAAGCAAGUCCAUGGAGCAGCCCUUGCUGCACCUAACAAGACACUCACAGGUGACGAGCUGUCGAGACGCUUUGCCCAAGUGCCCAUCGAAGAGCAACUUCUGGCGAUCAAUGGACUCUUAAAAAAGAACCUGUUUAAUGCACAAAAGGGGCCGGAUGGUAUCCAGUAUGUGGCCGUGUCGAAAGGCGAGGCUAGCCUUCUUGGUAGCAUGGACUCUAACGAACUUAUUAUCUAUAACCAUAUAAAGGAUGCAAGGAAUGAAGGCAUCUGGACCAAGCUGAUCAAAGCGCGUACGAAUCUACACCAGACAAUUAUGACGCGUUGCUUGCGCACACUAGAACAGAAGCAGCUCGUCAAGUCUGUCAAGUCUGUCAAGUUUCCCACACGAAAGAUCUACAUGCUCUAUGAUCUCACGCCGUCAAUCGAAUUGUCCGGCGGCCCGUGGUACACAGACAACGAACUCGAUACUGGAUUUAUUCACGAGCUGUCGAUGGCGUGCUUGCGCUUUAUUCAGUCCAAGUCCUGGCCAAAAGAUGGCCGCUCAUCAGCGCUGUUCCCGGCAUCCCACACACAUCUUUUCCCCAAUGUACACACCGUCCACCGCUAUCUAAAGCAAGCGCGUCUCACCGACACCGAAUUAGAGCCUGAGCAUGUGGCUGCGCUGUUGGAACUUCUCAUAUAUGAUCAGCAGAUUGAAAAAAUUCCCGUCCUGCCCGUGCAGGCAUCAUUGACGAAGCGCAGAGCAUCUCCCUCGUCAUCUUCCUCUUCAGAUGAUGAUAGCGAGCACAGCAGCGGCUCAGACACACCUCCACGAAAACGGAAACAUCGCAGGCGGAAAUCAAAGGCCAGCGAUGACGAAAGCGGCAAUGACGAAAGCGAUGACCAUGACAAGGAGUCUGACGAAGACGUCAAGCCGAAACGUCGUAGCUCACGAAAAGUCCGCAUUCAAGCGUCAGAAUCGACUGAAUCAAGCGAGGAUGAUGAUGACUCUCCAAGCGCAAAAAGUCGUGCUCGCCGACGGAGCAAAUCAGCCAGUCGCCACCGGCGGCACGAGGAUGUGUCUACUGAUUCAGAGAGCGACCAACAAGAAAAUCGACGUCGGCAUCGCCGACGCCGUGAUCGAGAGCGGAAGCGUCGGAAUGAUCGCAACCGUGAUGAAGAAUCGGCUCAUGAGCCUGAAGAAGAAGACCAAAUUGAUACGAGCGCCACACAAGUUCCCUAUGUAUACCGCGCAGUUAAGCCGUUGCUGGAGCCACACAGCAGCAUGAUCUGCACAACCUUCGUCGCCCCCAACUCUACACAGUCAUCUGUAUGCGACCAGUGCAAUACACUUGAUUUCGACGAAGGUGUCAUUUUCGCAGACCCCUUCACUGCUGCUGAUGGACAAGCGGAAGAACCCAAUAUAAAGGACUCUGGCAUAGCGGACGACAAUUCACAAGCACCUCAAUUGGGAUGGCUUGAAUCCAAUCUGAGCUGA